AUGAGCUCGUCAGAUUCGGACGGCCGCCAGCGGGCUCCUUCCCUCGAUCCGUUCUCGCACCCCGAUGUCUACUAUGGAAACGAGGACUCGCUGUCCAGGACCAGAGACCGGCGCCGCGCUUUCUCAGUGAGCAUCAAUAAGGACUACAGCCGUGAAGACAUCAAUUUGCCUUCGAGACGUGGUAGUCAUGAUGAGGCUUCCGGGCAACCCCGCAAGUUCCUCAUUAAGGUGGACGAGACUCUCGACUCUCUACUGAAGCAAGAAGACACGGACAGGAACAUGCAAAUCACAAUCGAGGAUGUUGGACCGAAGGUUCUCUCGGUCGGAACGGCAUCCUCGUCAGGGAUCAGGCGUGUUGACGUUCGCGGAACCUACAUGCUCUCUAACCUCUUGCAGGAGCUUACAAUCGCCAAAGACUACGGUCGGAAGGAAAUCAUCCUCGACGAGGCCCGGCUCAGCGAAAACCCUGUCGCGCGACUCUCCCGUUUGAUCAAAAAGUCCUUCUGGGUGGCCCUGACAAGACGCAUUGAUGGUUCCAAUAUCGAGGUCGCGGGCAGGGAUCCGAAAGACUGGACGGAUGACCCUCGGCCCCGGAUCUAUAUCCCACCUGGGGCACCGGAGCAGUUUGAAUACUACACGCAGAUUGCGAAGGAUCACCCCGAACUGCGCUUGGAUGUGAUCAUGCUCGAAGCCAACAUCACCCCCGACUAUGUCAUGAAACUCGGUGACAAGCCGGGAUUGCUGGCACUCGCAAUGAACAAGACAUUCAACGAAGCCACCGGGAAAGAAGAUCUCAUUGGUGUUCCGUUCGUGGUCCCUGGAGGUCGAUUCAACGAAUUGUACGGAUGGGAUAGCUACCUGGAAUCCCUCGGACUUAUCGUCAGCGACCGCGUUGAUCUUGCCAAGGGAAUGGUUGUGAAUUUCUGCUUCAGCAUCAAGCACUACGGAAAGAUCCUCAACGCCAACCGGACCUAUUAUCUCACACGCUCGCAACCUCCGUUCUUGACUGACAUGGCUCUGCGAGUAUACGAGCGAAUCAAGAACGAGCCCGAUUCAAAGGAGUUCCUUCGAAAUGCUGCUCUCGCUGCUAUCAAGGAGUACUACAGUGUCUGGGUUGCAGAGCCACGCCUCGAUCCCAUCACUGGUCUUUCGAGGUACCGCCCGGAGGGAUGGGGCGUCCCACCCGAGACCGAGCCAUCCCACUUCACUCACAUCCUCAUGCCAUAUGCCGAAAAGCACGGUAUGACCUUCAAGCAGUUUGUCAAGGCAUACAACUCCCGCGAAGUGAUCGAACCCGAAUUGGAUGAGUACUUCAUGCACGACCGCGCCGUGCGCGAGUCUGGCCAUGAUACAAGCUAUCGUCUCGAGCGCGUGUGCGGCAACCUGGCAACAGUCGACCUCAACUCCUUGCUUUACAAGUACGAAGUGGACAUCGCCCGCAUGAUCCGCAUCCACUUCAAGGACAAGCUGCACAUCCCCGUUGAAUUCCGCACACCCGCAACAAAAGAUAUCGAAUUCGAGUCCUCGGCUACCUGGGACCGCCGUGCCCGGAAGCGCAAGCAAGCUAUGGACAAGUACCUCUGGAGCGAGGAGAAGGGCAUGUUCUUCGACUACAACACCGUCAAGAAAGAACGCCAGGACUACGAAACCGCGACUACAUUCUGGUCGAUGUGGGCCGGUCUCGCCACACCCGCCCAGGCAGCCGCCCUGGUAUCGAAAGCCCUGCCUCGGUUGGAAGCUUUCGGUGGUCUGGUGUCAGGUUCAGAGGAGUCCCGCGGUCCAGUGGGCUUGGAACGACCAAACCGGCAGUGGGAUUACCCCUACGGCUGGGCGCCACAGCAGAUGCUCGCGUGGACUGGUUUCCUGCGGUACGGCUACCAGGAAGAGGCCGAGCGACUGGCGUACAAAUGGCUGUACAUGAUCACAAAGGCGUUUGUCGACUUCAAUGGUGUGGUUGUGGAGAAGUAUGAUGUGACCCGGCCGAUUGACCCACACCGGGUCGAUGCCGAGUACGGCAAUCAGGGAACCAAUUUCAAGGGCGCGCCUCGUGAAGGGUUUGGUUGGGUUAAUGCUAGCUAUGUCUACGGAUUGGAGAUUCUCAACGCGCACAUGAGACGCUCUUUGGGAGCUAUCACGCCGUAUGAGACGUACAAAAAGGCGGUUUUGGCGCAAGAUGCUUACUGAUUAGAGCAUUCUCAUGGCUGUAUUCUCGUGCCAGGAAACUUU